AUGACCAAAGUGAAAAGAUUUUCAAUCCAUGAAGUGAAAAAUGAUGAUGGAAAAAUAUCAAUUUCAAUAGUUUGUGAUGAAAUUGGUACUUAUAUUUAUUCUACACCCGGCUCUGAUACUGUAGACAUUCAAAGAAAUGGAAAUUCAUUCACAAAAACCGGAGAAAUUCACUCGAUAUCUUCUGAAUUAUGUGAAGAAUUUAUCGAGAAUGGACUCUUGGAAUGUGAAAUUUUUGAACUGAAUAACACAACUAUUCCUAUUCCAAAAAGUCUUCAAAAGAUCCAAUGCAAUCAGUUUCUCUCGUUUUGUCUCGGAGACCAAAAAGUCAAAUUUUGGUUGGAAUUGGUGGAUGGACCGAUGGAGAUUUUGAAUAUAACAGAAAAGGAAUUAAUCGAGGGAAUGGGUGAAAUGGAUCAGUUGAGAAAUGUCGAGAAACAGUUGAUGUUAUUAGGUUGA